AGUGUUGCUAAUGGAGGACACUUGUUGAAUCACAGCGAAGCUUCUCUGUCGUUUCCAGCUCGUUUCUCUCCGUGGAUUCUCUCGGGUUCUCUCACGUUUCUCCGCUGAAGACUCGCCCCCCCCCCGGGCUUCACUGUGACACAAUGCGGGACCGGACCAAAGAGUUAGGAAACAAGAACGAGGACUCGGACGGUGAAAAUGAACUGAUGAUCAAACCUGGAACCUCUUCAGCCAAAGAGGAGAAGGAGAGCGAAGCCUUCUUCAAAAAGGUGCAAGAAAUCCAUGAGGGGCUGCAGAGUCUCCGGAAGACGGUGGAGGAGCUGGAGAAGCAACAGAAGAAGGUGCUCGGGGAAGCGCUGCCCGUGGAGAGUUUGAAGAAAGAGCUGCAGACUCUUCGAGACGAAAUCAAAACGCUGGCGACUCAGAUCACGAAGAAACUGAAGAGUAUCGAAUCCAAGAAGUCAGAGGAGGAUGGAAAAUAUGUUCCCAUACAUGUUCGGAUGCAGCGCACACAGCACGGCGUCCUGUGUAGAGAGUUUGUGGAUCUGAUGGGUCACUGCAACACAAUCCAGGCUCAGUACAGAGACCGCAACGUGGAGCGGAUCCAGAGGCAGCUGAGGAUCACUGGGAAGGACGUGUCGGACACGCAGCUGGAGGUCAUGCUGGAGAGUGGGCAGACGGAUGUUUUCACUCAAAACAUCCUGGUCGAUGCUAAAGCUACGAAGCAGGCGCUGAACGAGAUCGAGUCCCGCCACGACGAGAUCCUGAAGCUGGAGAGGAGCAUCCGAGACCUGCACGACAUGUUCCAGUACCUCGCCAUGGAGGUGGAGGCCCAGGGGGAGAUGGUGAACCGGGUGGAAAACAACAUCAACCAGGCCACCAACUACGUGGAGAAGGCGAAGGCGAACGUAGAGAAAGCCGUCACGUAUCAGCAGAAAGCACGAAAGAAGAAGAUGUGGAUCGCCAUCUGUCUGGCCAUCCUCCUCCUCAUCUUGGUCAUCACGUUGCUCAGCGUCUUCGGCACCUAACCGUCGGCAGCCGGGGUCGGAGAUCGUUUGGCAGAAGCACAUUAUU